ACCCCACUGGUCUGGAACACUCUCAUAGAGAUAUGUGCUCCAAAAGAUCUGUUUGAGGAUAAUAGACAACCAUGACAACGGUAAAAAAGGGAGGCUGAUCUCUCUUUGAUCCAUGUUUUGAUUUUGAAUUGGUGAGCGAAAAGAACAUUCAAAGAUGGCAGUGUUCCAGUGUUGGUUGCCUCUAUAGAAAUAGUAUUGAAACCCGGAUGAAGAGGCUUAUAGUAUUUUGUUAGACAUGACGGGAAAGCAAAGAGAACACAACACAAUUAAAGCAAUGCUGGGUCAUUUAACGGACCUUGAAGCUGAUUUAGAGGAAGAUGAAGUGGAGCUUUUGGGAAGGGUUUUUCGAAGUAGUACAUUCAAAUCCCUACUGAAGGUUGAAAAAGCAGUUGAGAGUGUGCAAAGUAAGGGACCAUCACCAUUAACAAAAAGGGCUUUUAUGGAAGCAAAACUGUUAUAUUUGCAGUUGAGAAGAAAAAGAAACAAAGUUCCUUAAUAGAAGUUCUGGUGGACAUUCUUGAAGAUCCUCAUAUUCAGGCUUUGCUAUCAACCCAUGAUUUGAUUGCAAAUGAGAGAUUGAUACCAAGAAUAGAUAACAUAGAUGAAGAGAGCAGAGCUCAAAUCAAGUCUGUCAGAAUCCAAAAGAAACCUGCCGAGCCUUUAGGAGCAACAAUAAGGCAAGAUCCUUUCAGUAACAGAAUUGCUAUUGCAAGGAUUUUUCAUGGAGGUGCUGCGCACAGAACAGGAAGCCUCAAGAAAGGAGAUCAGAUACUGGAAAUAAAUGGCGUGGAGACCAAUGACAUGUCUUUGGAUGCUGCCGUCUCUCUGCUUGGGCUGCAGAGUGAGAUAGUCGAAUUCAAAUUAUUAUCGUCGGAGGAGAGUACAGAGGACGAAGAAGACAGAGAAAAGGUAUUUUUGCGGGCACAUUUCAACUACACUCCGCAAGAAGAUCCCAAUAUUCCAUGUAAAGACGCUGGGUUGGCUUUCAGUAAAGGCGAUGUUCUCGAGAUUAUCGACAAUAGUGAACCAAAAUGGUGGCAGGCACGAAAAUAUGGAUCAAAGUCUGCUAAGUAUGGGCUGAUCCCGAGUCGACAGCUUCAGGAGAAACGUCUGGCAUUAAAACUAUGGAGUCCAAGCAACAGUUUUAAUGGAGAACUAGAAGCAUGUUCGGGUUCGUUGUCACCAAGAGAGAGAAACUGCUUGAAUAACUCAAGACCUGAAUCCCCGACCCAGAAAGCGUCAAAGAAGAAGCCAAAGAAAGUGAAGUACAAAGCUAUGCAGAGUGAGAAGUUUCACGCGGAAGAGAUAAUAUUUUAUGAAGAAGUAACACAAAUCAUGGCUGAUUUCGAUCGUCGCAGGCCCAUUGUCAUUACAGGUGUUCCGGUUUUAGAAUGUGAAGAUUUAAAGGAAAGGUUAAUACAAACCAAUGCUGAAAAGUUUAGAACUCCAGUUCCUUAUACAUCCCGCUCUAAAAAGUCACUUGAGAAAGUAAAUAAAGAUUAUCAUUACAUUUCCCGGAAUGACAUGGAAAAAGGCAUUCGAUCGAAUUCGUUCAUUAACGUGGAAGUAUUCAAGGGUCACUUUUUUGCAAUAAGCAUUGAUUCGGUCAUGGAGAUUGCAAAUUCUGGCAAAACUUGUGUAUUGUAUUUAAACCCAGAGAGCCUACCAGUUUUGUGCAGUACAAACCUGCACCCGUUUGUUGUGUUUAUCAAAGCACCGGAUAUAGAAGUACUCAAAACGAACAUGAAAGCAAAACAAGAGAAUUCAUUAUUUGAGAGCAAAAUCAUGACAGAUGAAGAGAUUUACAAGGCGCUAAUUGAUUCAGAAGAGAUUGAGAAUAAUUAUGGACAUUACUUCGACUUAGAAUUGAAAAUGGAAGAUAUGGAAACUACACUUAACCAAUUGUAUCAUUCAGUACACAGAAUGGAAAAUGAGCCAUUAUGGAUUCCUUUAAGAUGGCAGUAGAUCUGAUAAUGUCGCUUUUUGGAAGCGAUGCUAUAAUACAUUCAUGGUGAAUGCAAGUUCUGUGGUCCAAAACUGAACACACGCGAUGGUUUUGUACCAUAUCCGGUUGGCCUCGCUCUGGAUAGAAAGAACUGGCGGCAGUUUUGUGACUACCAGAAGACUGGAGGUUGAAGAUAAUAUUUGGAAGUUUGUUGAUAUGAUAUGAACCAGAACUAUUUUGUAUAUUUUUGCUUCGUGAAAUGGAAAUAAAAGUCGGCAGGUAAUAUUUGUUUAUUAAAGUAAUUUAUUUUGUUUUAUGCAUAACGGCCUAGAGGAGAUCGUUUUCAUUUCACGUAUCAUGUCAUGCUUGGCCUCAAGAUACGAAAAUAGCUUAAGCUAACUUGUUUACCCGUAUUAUAUUAUGCUUGGCCUCUUGAUAAAAACUAUUCCAAAAGCCAAGAAGAAUAAUUAUUGUCUUCUACACAACCCAUUCUGUACUGUAAAAACUUUCAACGAAGAAAUCCUUCCUUGUUUUCUUUCAACUUAUCUCCUGUGAAUUUAUAGUAAAUCAUCUUGCAAUGGCUUUGUUUGUCAUUGAACAGGUUGAAUAGAGUGUUUAUUGGUUAAAAUUGGCUUGUAGAGCUUUUUAUUAUUUCAAAUCAUUAUUUUAUAGAUUGGAUUUUUUAUUUCACAGCCAAAUUAUUAACAUUUGAUAUAAGAAAUCUACUCAUAUGAUGGCAAAACAGCUAUUUUCAAAACAUUCUUACACUUAGCCCA